AUGAAACAUGGCUCGAAAAACGAGCAAUCGGCCGUGAAAAAUCAAGACGAGCACGAAGAUUCCUCUUCGAGAUGCGAUUUAUUUUCAGGCAAAUGGGUUUUUGACGAAAAAUCGUAUCCUCUGUACAAAGAGAGCCAAUGUUCAUUCAUGCAGAACACUUUUGCCUGUUUGGACAAUGGGAGAAAGGAUUUUAAGUAUCAAAGUUGGAAAUGGCAGCCUCAUGGCUGUGAUCUUCCUAGGUUUAAUGGGACCGCAUUGCUGGAGAAAAUUAGAGGAAAAAGCCUUGUUUUUGUUGGUGACUCUUUGAAUCGAAACCAAUGGACAUCGAUGCUUUGCCUGAUCGAGCCGUUUCUAAGCAAAUCGACUGCUAAAAUCUGGACCAGGAAAGGCAAUUUGUUUGUCUUCCAGGCACCUGAGUACAAUGCCACAAUUGGAUUCUAUUGGUCACCAUUUCUAGUCGAGUCGAAUGCAGACAAUCCGGGGUAUCAUCAGGUGAAGGACCGUAUAAUUAGAAUCGAAGAUAUCGAGAAACACGCUCGGCAUUGGACAAAUUCGGAUUUUCUUGUCUUCGAUACAUUCUCUUGGUGGCAGCAGCGGACCAUGACACUCUCAUGGGAACCGUUUGGUGGGUCGAACACGACGUACAAAAGGGUCGGAGAAAAUCUCCGCCCGUACCAAAUGGUGAUCGAAACAUGGUCCGACUGGCUGCAGCUCAACGUGAACCGAACGAAAACAAAGCUUUUUUUCAUGAGUCAAUCUCCUCCUCACUUUCAUGGCAAAAGUUGGGAUGUUGAACUAAACUGCUACAACCAAACCGAGCCGAUUCUUAAACAGGACUAUUUAGGAGUCGAAAUCAACCUCUGGAUGAUGCGCAUGGUGAACUCGACCGUGAAGAGGCUCGGAAAAAGAGGGCUAAAAGUCGAGUAUCUUGACAUAACGCGUCUUUCAAACUACAGAAAAGACGGCCAUCCGUCGAUUUACGGAAGGUCGGUUAGCAAAAUGAGUCCCGAAGAACGGGCGAAUGCCCAACGACAUUCGGAUUGCAUACAUUGGUGUCUGCCGGGCGUGCCCGAUUUUUGGAAUCAGAUUUUGUAUGCAUAUAUUAUGAAAUCUUAA